UGCUGGGGUUACAGGUGUCUACCACUGCACCUGGCUUCUCUCUGUCCUCUUGAAAGAGAUUAUGAAUCUCACCCAAGUAAAUGUAUAAUUACAAAUUGUGCUAACUACUGCAAAGACAAAAAGCAAAGAACAAAAAAACCAAGUAGGGUGUUUAUAUCAGAGAAAAAAGGGGCUGGGGAUCUAGGUAUCAGGUCAGACAGGAGGUCAACAAAGAUCUCCCUGAGGAAGCAGCAAGUAUAGUCAGGCAAAAUGUGGAGGGACAGCACUCUAGAGACGAGAACAUGCAUCAGGUUUUCAGGUAACGAACAAUUAUGUGUAUUAAAAAAAACAAAAACAAAAACAAAAACUGGACAAGAGCCACUGAGUCUGGCCCUUGAGACGAAACACCAGAUUGGAAGAAGGCCUAGAACCUUGUAUGAUACAGGAAGGGUUUUGGAUUUUGUCCUGAGGGCAGCAGGCAGCCAUUGAAGGAUUUUAAGCAGAAAAUUAUGUGAAACAUUUAUAAUUUAAAAGAUCUCUGUGGCUGUUCUAAGGAGAAACUGAAGAGAGGAAAGAGAGAAUCCAAAAGAUGAGUUUGGAGGCUUUGGGCAUGGUCAGGUGGUGGUGCCAAGUGAAAGAUGAAGAACAGAAGACAGUUUGGAGGUGUAUUUUGGGAUAAUGUGGCUGGGACUUAGUGAUGGAUUGUGUUCUGUGGGGAACAGAGAUCUUCCAGAACACUUUGUGUGAGUAGUGACUUGUAGAUUAUCAGAGGAUGGAGAUGAUUUCUUCUGUGGGGGAGGAGAGAAUUCAGUGGUGGACAUGUUUACAUUGAGAUAUCUAUCUGUAAGAUCACCAGGUAGAGAAACUGAGUCCAUGACGCUUAUUAUUUAAAAGGUCUGUGCAUAUGGGAUGUAUAUAUAUGUAUGUAUAUAUGUAUAUACGUACACAUGUUAUGUACUUAUUAUGAUGAUUAUCAUUAUUAUUACUAUUUAUAAAGAGUAUUUGGCCCAUAGGUAGUACUGAAUGGAAGGAAUGGUCACAGAAAGGACAUUCAGAGAGAAGAGCAGAGAGGGUAGGGUUGAGUCCUGAUGAAUUCUGACAUUUAAACUUCAAGUAGAAGAGGAGGUAGCAAAGCACUUUGAGAGGGAUGCAUUAGGGAUGUGUUCCAGGGGAGGAAGCCCAGGAAUGUGAUGUCAGGGAAGCCAAGGGGAGAUGUGUUGAGGAGGAGGACUGACUGUGGCAUGUGCUGAAAGGUCUAGUCCUGCGAUGGAGGACUAGGUAGGACCCCCUGGUUUGGGAAUCUGGAGGCACUAGAUGAUUACUGGGAAAGCAGACUCAGUGCAGUGGUAGAAGCAUGAGCCAGACUGGAGAGAAUAGGGGAAAGGAGAAGAAGUGAAGAAGAGACAGGAAGGUGGGUUCUACUCUUCAGAAUCUCUGAAGGCAGACUCCAGUAGCUGGGGGGAACGAGAAGGAAAGGGGAGGGGUUUCUUUUGUUUUUACCUUUGAAUCAGGACAUUCUAUAGUUUGUUUAAAUGCUGAUGGCAAUGAUUUAGUAAAGUGUGAGAGAUUUAUAUUGUAGAAGGGAUGGCUGAUGGAUGGAGAGCUCAUGGAGAGCUGAUGGACUGGUGUUUGAUUGGACAAGGAAAGGAGAUGUAAGUAGGUCUUCGACACCUUCUAUAUGUCAGGUAUUACUAUAUGCCAUGCUAAGUGAUUUGCACAGUUACUGAUUUACUAUUCACCAUAGCCCUAUUAGGUUGAUAUGAAUAUCCCCAUUUUACAGAGGAGGAAACUGAGGUUAAGUGGAGAUAGAGCCAAGGUCUUAAUUCAGAACUGUUUGAUUUCAGAGUUCAUACUCUUAUAGGAUUUCCUCUGUGAUGGUGAAUUAGUUUGCUCUUGCUGCCAUAAAAGUAUCAUUUAAAUUGAAAUUUAUUCUCUCACUGUUCUGGAGGCUUGCAGUCCAAGAUCAAGGUGUUGGCAGGUUUCAUUUCUCCUGAGGCCCUUCUCCUUGGUCUGCAGAUAGUCGCCUUCUUCUUAUCCUCACUUGGCCUUUCCUCUGUGCCUCCUGUGUGUCCUAAUCAUUUCUUAUAAGAACACCAGGCAGACUGAAUUAGGGCACACCACCAUUUCGGCUUCAUUUUAACUUAGUUACUUCUUUAAAGGCCUUAUCUCCAAAUGCAGUCACAUUUUGAGGUUAGAGUUUCAGCAUAUGAAUUUCCAAGGAACAUAAUUCAGUCCAUAGCAGAUGACUUCUUAAAGCGUAAGAAAAGGGGCAGCCCUGGGCAGUCCUGAAGAGUAUGUAAUCAUAACUGAAGAGCAUAGAAGACUGUUAGAGAGAUGUGGCCUUAGAAGCAGUUGAGGUUGGAGAUCAUUUGCAUCUACCUAUCCUGCUCAGCUAGCAGCAGUAGUCAGUGUAUGCAUGAGUGAAGAACAAGAACUCUGCGCUCCAAGGAGGCUGCUGGGUGUGCACAAGGCCUUAUUAACCAAACAACUGACAAUCUUUUGUGUGCCCUGUUAAAAUGCAAAUGAGUUUUACUGAUAUCCUCAGCACAAUUACAAGUUACGGUUUGCCAAGGACCUUUCUGGAUGUUCUCAAAUAGUUCGAAACAUGAAGAUGAAAUCUCUGACUGCAUUCACCACUACACAGAUUACCUGGAACAUUUUUCCCAGCUUGUUCUAUAAGCUGUCUUUUGUAAUUACUAUUUUGUUCUUUCUCUGCCCUCUUCUUUCUUCCUUUUCCCCCUACCUUCAUUCAUUAGUAAUUUAAUGAGUACCUAAUAGGUGUCUAGCAUUAAGGUUAAAGAUCCAGUAUACGUAUGUACAUAUACUGGACAUAUAUGUACAUACACACUGCACACACACAUAUAUAUACACGUAUAUAUCUAAGUGAUAAGUGCUUUAUUAAAGUGUCAAUGAAUCCUGUGAAUAUAUUGAGUACCUACUAAAUGACAGUGUGUUAGGCUUGGGAUCCAGGCCUGAGUAAGAUAUAGUUGCUGCCUUCAAGAAAUUUUUAUAAUCUGGUAUAGAAAAAUUAACAGGUAAGUGAAAAAAGAUAAUACCAUGUGAGUUUGUAAGAUGUUAAAAGAUCUCAAAGAAGACAGGACCUCUAGUUUGCUUUCUCAUGCAUGUUUAGAUACCUAUUAAAAGGAGCUAUUACUGCAUUUUCACAAAAGGAUAUAAAAAGAAAACUCGUUUCACAAACAUUUUUGAGUUUUGUAUUUGUUGUAGGGUGACAGUUGUAGCUUGAAUUAUGAGCAACCAUUGAGUUGGGGGAAUCUACAACUUUUCUUUUCUUUAGAGCUCAUUGUCCACACUAUCAACUCCUUUUUUAGGUGGUGGAACAAUUAAUGGUAUACCUGACACACUCUACAGAAGCCUGCUAAGUAUUAAGACUUGAGAAAAGCUGCAGUAACAAAGCAUUAUUGUGAUAGUGGGCGAGCAGAGAGUGUAGGCUGGCCUAGCAUACAUCUCGGAUACUUAGGAUUUAGAACUGUGUAUUAACAGGGGUUUCUUGUACUGUGAUUUUUAAAAACUAUGAUGAACAGCAGAUUAAAAAUACUGAGAAGAAGAUGGUGUGCAGAUUAUGUAAUUGAUAUAUUUUCAAGUAUCACCUAUUUGUACCUUACCUCAGGAAAAUAAGUUGUUUACAACCAAACACUCAUGGAGUUAAUUAAGAUGGACAUAAAUGUGUUGCUUUCUUUGGAGCUGAUGCACUAUUUAAACAAAAUAUUAUUGUCUGCAGUUUCAACAUUUCUCUGGGAGAAUGCUAACCAUAUUAUAGAAAUAGUUCAGGAAGUAGAAGGGAGAAAAACAAAUCUGAUAAAUGGUGUAUGUAGAUUGUAGGUUCAAUGAUUAACCUAAUAAUGUCUGAAGAUUGCUUUGAUGUCAUGCAAUGAACAUUGACUGUGCAUGUUGACUUCAUUUCACAUUUGUAUUCUAGAUAGUAUCAUAGUGGAAAGAGCACUGGAUUGGGAAUCAGGAAAGUUAUAAGAUAGUCUAGCUCUGCCAUUUCUCCCUUGUGUGUCUCAUUUCCCCAUCUUUAAAAUGAAGUGGUUAUGGGAAAUGGCCUCUGAGCACCUCCCAGUUCUGAUAUUUUAUUGUUCUGUGAUUCUACAUCCCAUGCCUAUCAAAAGCAUUUUGACUUUCUUUAAGUUGCUUAAGACAGCAUUUCAGUUAGAAUGUAUCCAGCUUAUUUCCAUGGGCUAUUGGGAACAGCAAGGCCUUGCUUCUCCAGGACUUGAUAUAUCUUCUGUUAACCGCUGACAGUGAGCCAUACCACCUAAAAGGCUCCUUUGGUAGCCUUAAAGAUUGAAAGGACAAAUGGACAGUAUUGAGAACUCUGUGGAAGAGGAGACCAGAGAGACGUUGAUCAUCAUGGCUCCUUGGGAUUUGCAAAGAGGAAUGACUAGAACUGGGCCAUUCACUACUGCCAGGUCAAAGGUCAGGUCAGGAAUGUGGACAAUGCUGGUGACUCCAGUUGCUUCCAAGAUCCGGUACUUGCAGGAAUAUCAUAACCGGGUUCUUCACAACAUUUAUCCUGUACCAUCAGGAACAGAUAUUGCAAACACCUUGAAAUACUUUUCUCAGACCUUGUUAAGAAGACAAAGGAAAUCGAGCAUUUUGUCCCGCACAGGGAAGAAGGAAAACCAAGAUGCCUCCAAUUUGACAGUGCCCAUGACCAUGUGUCUUUUUCCUGUGCCAUUCCCACUCACCCCAUCUCUAAGACCGCAGGUCAGUUCCAUCAACCCUACUGUUACUCGCUCCCUCCUUUACAGCGUCCUGCGAGAUGCUCCUUCAGAACGCGGCCCGCAAAGUCGUGAUGCUCAGUUGUCAGACUACCCUUCUUUGGACUAUCAAGGCCUCUACGUGACUUUGGUGACUCUCCUGGAUCUAGUUCCUUUACUACAGCAUGGCCAACAUGAUCUUGGACAGUCAAUAUUUUAUACAACUACAUGUUUGCUACCCUUUCUCAAUGAUGAUAUUCUGAGUACUUUGCCCUACACGAUGAUCUCAACGUUAGCUACCUUUCCUCCAUUUCUGCACAAGGAUAUUAUUGAAUAUCUUAGCACAUCUUUUCUACCAAUGGCUAUAUUGGGUUCCUCCAGGAGAGAAGGUGUUCCUGCACAUGUUAAUCUGUCUGCAUCCUCCAUGCUAAUGAUUGCAAUGCAGUACACAUCUAAUCCAGUGUAUCAUUGUCAGUUACUGGAAUGCCUCAUGAAAUAUAAACAAGAAGUCUGGAAAGACCUUUUGUAUGUUAUUGCCUAUGGGCCUUCACAAGUGAAACCUCCAGCUGUGCAAAUGCUUUUCCACUAUUGGCCCAAUUUAAAACCUCCCGGGGCAAUAAGCGAGUACAGGGGGUUGCAGUACACAGCUUGGAAUCCCAUCCACUGCCAGCACAUUGAAUGCCACAAUGCAAUUAACAAGCCAGCUGUGAAGAUGUGUAUAGACCCUUCCCUGUCAGUUGCUUUGGGGGAUAAACCACCCCCAUUGUAUCUCUGUGAAGAAUGCAGUGAGAGGAUUGCAGGGGACCACAGCGAAUGGUUGAUUGAUGUUCUUCUGCCACAAGCUGAAAUAUCUGCCAUAUGUCAGAAAAAGAACUGCAGUUCCCAUGUUAGAAGAGCAGUCGUCACCUGCUUUUCCGCAGGGUGCUGCGGUCGUCACGGAAACAGGCCUGUUCGGUACUGCAAAAGAUGCCACUCGAAUCAUCACAGUAAUGAGGUGGGGGCCGCGGCGGAGACCCACCUCUAUCAGACCUCGCCACCCCCGAUCAACACGCGGGAGUGCGGUGCCGAGGAGCUGGUCUGCGCGGUGGAGGCGGUGAUUAGCUUAUUGAAAGAAGCCGAGUUCCAUGCUGAGCAGCGGGAACAUGAGUUGAAUCGCCGGCGGCAGCUGGGCCUCUCCUCUUCCCACCAUUCCCUGGAUAAUGCUGACUUUGAUAACAAGGACGAUGAUAAACACGACCAGAGGCUGCUUAGUCAAUUUGGAAUAUGGUUCUUAGUGAGCCUGUGCACACCCAGUGAGAACACGCCUACAGAAAGUUUGGCCCGGCUGGUGGCCAUGGUAUUUCAGUGGUUUCACUCCACAGCAUACAUGAUGGAUGAUGAAGUUGGAAGCUUGGUAGAAAAACUGAAGCCACAGUUUGUCACCAAGUGGUUGAAGACAGUAUGUGAUGUUCGCUUUGAUGUCAUGGUCAUGUGCCUUCUUCCUAAACCCAUGGAAUUUGCCAGGGUUGGUGGAUACUGGGAUAAGUCUUGUAGCACAGUCACUCAGCUGAAGGAAGGUCUCAACCGGAUCCUUUGCCUGAUCCCCUACAAUGUGAUCAACCAAUCAGUGUGGGAGUGUAUUAUGCCAGAAUGGCUGGAAGCCAUCAGAACAGAAGUCCCAGAUAAUCAGUUAAAGGAAUUCAGGGAAGUAUUAAGCAAAAUGUUUGACAUUGAGCUCUGUCCUCUGCCUUUUUCAUUGGAAGAGAUGUUUGGAUUUAUUAGCUGUCGGUUUACAGGCUACCCCUCCUCUGUGCAGGAACAAGCUUUAUUAUGGCUUCAUGUAUUAUCGGAGUUAGAUAUCAUGGUUCCACUUCAACUCUUAAUAAGCAUGUUUUCUGAUGGAGUUAAUUCUGUCAAAGAACUGGCAAAUCAAAGAAAAUCAAGAGUCAGUGAACUGGCAGGGAACCUUGCAGCUCGAAGGGUGAGUGUUGCCUCUGAUCCUGGACGACGAGUUCAGCACAGUAUGCUGAGUCCGUUUCAUAGUCCUUUCCAGAGUCCAUUUCGGAGUCCUAUGCGUAGUCCAUUCCGUAGCCCUUUCAAGAAUUUUGGUCACCCAGGAGGAAGGACUAUUGACUUUGAUUGUGAAGAUGAUGAAAUGAAUCUAAACUGUUUCAUCCUCAUGUUUGAUCUUCUCCUGAAACAGAUGGAGUUACAAGAUGAUGGAAUCACAAUGGGUUUAGAGCACAGCUUGUCAAAGGACAUUAUUUCUAUUAUAAACAAUGUCUUCCAGGCCCCCUGGGGGGGCUCCCAUACCUGCCAGAAGGAGGAAAAAGCAAUCGAGUGCAACUUAUGUCAGUCUAGCAUCCUCUGUUAUCAGCUUGCUUGUGAACUCCUAGAAAGACUGGCUCCCAAAGAAGAGAGCAGGCUGGUGGAGCCCACAGACAGCCUGGAGGACAGCCUCCUUUCUUCCAGACCAGAGUUCAUUAUAGGCCCUGAAGGAGAGGAGGAGGACCCAGCAGCCAAGCAUGGGGAGAACCCAGGCAGUCACACCACGCCCACGGAACAUGCUGCAGUAAAGAAUGAUACUGAAAGAAAGUUUUGCUACCAACAGCUUCCUGUAACGUUGAGACUAAUAUACACCAUUUUCCAGGAAAUGGCUAAAUUUGAAGAGCCAGACAUUCUUUUUAAUAUGCUCAAUUGCCUGAAGAUUCUCUGUCUGCACGGAGAAUGUUUAUACAUUGCUAGAAAAGAUCAUCCCCAAUUUUUAGCCUACAUUCAGGACCACAUGUUGAUCGCAAGCCUGUGGAGAGUCGUCAAGUCCGAGUUCUCCCAGCUCUCUUCACUGGCGGUCCCUCUCCUCCUCCAUGCUCUGUCCCUUCCUCAUGGUGCUGACAUCUUCUGGACUAUCAUAAACAGCAACUUUAACAGCAAAGACUGGAAGAUGAGGUUUGAAGCAGUGGAAAAAGUGGCUGUGAUUUGUAGAUUUCUGGAUAUUCACUCAGUGACCAAAAAUCACCUGCUAAAGUACUCCCUGGCACACGCCUUCUGCUGCUUUCUGACAGCCGUGGAAGAUGUCAACCCUGCAGUGGCUACCAGGGCAGGUCUCCUGCUCGACACCAUAAAGAGGCCAGCGUUGCAGGGCCUUUGUCUUUGUCUUGACUUUCAGUUUGAUACUGUGGUGAAAGACCGGCCAACAAUAUUGAGCAAGCUUUUACUCUUGCAUUUUCUUAAGCAAGAUAUUCCUGCUUUGAGCUGGGAAUUCUUUGUCAAUAGGUUUGAAACUCUUUCUUUGGAAGCUCAACUUCAUUUGGAUUGUAACAAAGAAUUUCCUUUUCCUACAACCAUCACUGCUGUGAGGACCAAUGUUGCUAACCUCAGUGACGCCGCAUUGUGGAAGAUCAAGAGGGCUCGCUUUGCAAGGAACCGCCAGAAGAGCGUGCGAUCUCUGAGGGACAGUGUGAAAGGACCUGCAGAAUCCAAGAGGGCACUGUCCCUCCCCGAGACUCUGACCUCCAAAAUUCCUAUGAGGUUGACCAGGCAUGAGCAGUCUGCUCCAGCCCUCGGUGGGACACCUGAACAAACACCAGGACAACAGUCUCCUGAGAAUGACAAUACCAUCAAGGACCUUCUCCCAGAAGAUGCUGGUAUUGACCACCAGACAGUGCAUCAGCUGAUCACAGUGCUCAUGAAGUUCAUGGCCAAGGAUGAAAGCAGCGCUGAGUCAGAUAUCAGCAGUGCAAAGGCCUUCAACACGGUCAAGCGGCACCUGUAUGUCUUACUUGGCUAUGACCAACAAGAAGGUUGCUUCAUGAUUGCACCUCAAAAAAUGCGCCUGUCAACUUGCUUUAAUGCAUUUAUUGCAGGAAUUGCCCAGGUUAUGGACUAUAACAUUAACUUGGGAAAACACCUUCUCCCCUUGGUGGUUCAGGUGCUCAAAUACUGCUCUUGUCCUCAACUACGGCAUUAUUUCCAACAGCCACCUCGUUGUUCCCUCUGGUCCCUAAAACCUCACAUCCGGCAGAUGUGGUUGAAGGCCUUGCUUGUCAUCCUUUACAAGUAUCCAUACCGAGACUGUGACAUCAGCAAGAUCCUGCUGCACCUGAUUCACAUAACAGUCAACACACUGAAUGCGCAGUAUCACAGCUGCAAGCCCCAUGCCACGGCAGGACCUUUGUACAGUGACAACAGUAACAUAAGCAGAUACAGCGAAAAAGAAAAAGAAGAAGAUAGUGUUUUUGAUGAAUCUGAUAUUCAUGAUACACCUACUGGACCCUGCAAUAAAGAGUCUCAAACUUUUUUUGCAAGAUUGAAAAGGAUAGGCGGCAGCAAAAUGGUGAAAUAUCAGCCGGUUGAGAUGAAUGUUCAGAGAAGUGAAAUAGAACUGGCCGAAUAUAGAGAAACGGGUGCAUUACAAGACAGCAUUCUGCACUGUGUGAGAGAAGAAAGCAUUCAGAAAAAAAAGCUGCGCUCUUUAAAACAAAAAUCUCUUGAUAUAGGGAACGCAGACUCCCUCUUGUUCACACUAGAUGAGCAUCGCAGGAAGUCUUGCAUAGAUCGGUGUGACGUAGAUAAACCCCCUGCCCAAGCUGCUCACAGCGCUCAGAGACAGAACGACCACGGGCGAUCGAGGCAGAACUCUGCUACGCGGCCCGACACUAUGGAAAUCCCUGAGAACCCAGCUGUGGAAGGUUUUCCAGAGCCCCGAAGGCCUGUGAUACCGGAAGUUAGGUUAAACUGCAUGGAGACGUUUGAGGUGAAAGUUGACUCUCCAGUAAAGCCUGCUCCCAAAGAGGAUUUAGAUCUGAUAGAUUUGUCCUCUGAUUCAACUUCAGGGCCCGAGAAACAUUCUAUAGUCUCAACAUCUGACAGUGACUCUCUUGUAUUUGAGCCUCUUCCACCUCUCAGAAUAGUGGAGAGUGAUGAGGAAGAGGAGAUGGUGAACCGGGGGGCUGGUGGCAAGGGUGCCACCUCCUCUCCCCCCGUCCCUCGCCACCCCUCUGCCCUCAGCCUGAGCACAACUCCUCUUGUGCAAGUCAGCGUGGAGGACUGUUCCAAAGACUUUUCUUCUAAGGACUCAGGAAAUAACCAGUCAGCAGGUAACAGGGAUCCUGCUCUCAUAGCCCUGGAGGAACCUACAGACUCAGAAGAAUUAUCUCAGGCAGAGGAGCUGCGAGAGUUUUCCUGUGGCAGCCCACUGACGCUCAAACAAAAACGAGACCACCUUCAGAAAUCAUUUGCUGUCCCUGAGAUGUCAACAGAUGAUAACCCUGAACCCAGCACUGAGGAAGAGAGGCAUGGGCAGAUGCCAAGUUCAGGGCCCAAAACCGUGCUCCUUAAAGUUCCUGAAGAUGCUGAAAAUCCAACAGAAAGUGAGAAACCUGAUACCAGUGCCGAAUCUGAUACAGAACAGAAUCCUGAAAGAAAAAUGGAAGAGGAUGGAACCGAGGAAUCAGAGUUCAAGAUUCAGAUUGUCCCCAGACAGAGGAAACAGAGAAAGAUUGCUGUCAGUGCUAUCCAGAGAGAGUACCUUGACAUCUCCUUCAACAUUCUAGACAAAUUGGGAGAUCAGAAAGAUCCAGAUCCCUCCACUAAAGGACUUUCAACCUUAGAAAUGCCACGAGAAUCUUCAUCUGCCCCUACAUUAGAAGCAGAUGUGCCAGAAACAAGUAGUCAUUCCUCAAUAUCAACUCAGUAUAGGCAGAUGAAAAGGGGAUCCCUGGGCGUUCUCACAAUGAGCCAGUUAAUGAAGCGACAGCUGGAACAUCAGUCUAGCGCCCCCCAUAACAUCAGCAACUGGGACACUGAACAGAUACAGCCUGGGAAACGCCAGUGUAAUGUGCCAAUGUGCCUAAACCCUGACCUGGAGGGACAGCCGUUGAGAAUGAGAGGUGCCACGAAGUCCAGCCUGCUGUCAGCACCCAGCAUAGUGAGCAUGUUUGUACCUGCUCCUGAAGAAUUCACUGACGAGCAGCCAACGGUGAUGACUGACAAAUGCCAUGACUGUGGGGCCAUUCUUGAAGAAUAUGAUGAAGAAACACUCGGGCUGGCCAUUGUGGUCCUCUCCACAUUCAUUCACUUAAGCCCUGACCUGGCGGCCCCACUGUUGCUGGACAUCAUGCAGUCUGUGGGAAGAUUGGCAUCCAGCACUACCUUUUCUAACCAAGCAGAAAGCAUGAUGGUUCCUGGCAAUGCAGCAGGGGUGGCCAAGCAGUUCCUGCGCUGCAUCUUCCAUCAACUGGCCCCAAACGGCAUCUUCCCGCAGCUGUUCCAGAGCACCAUCAAAGAUGGGACUUUUUUGCGGACCUUAGCCACGUCUCUCAUGGACUUCAAUGAGCUGAGCUCUAUUGCUGCUCUUAGCCAGCUCUUGGAGGGUCUAAAUAACAAAAAGAAUUUACCAGCAGGGGGUGCUAUGAUACGCUGUUUGGAAAACAUUGCUACUUUCAUGGAAGCUUUGCCCAUGGAUUCUCCUAGUAGCCUCUGGACCACAAUCAGCAACCAGUUUCAGACAUUUUUUGCCAAGCUGCCUUGUGUUUUACCUCUGAAGUGUUCUUUAGAUUCCAGUUUGAGAAUUAUGAUAUGCCUCUUGAAGAUACCCUCUACCAAUGCCACAAGGAGUUUGUUGGAACCAUUUUCAAAACUGCUCAGCUUUGUAAUUCAGAAUGCUGUCUUCACUCUGGCCUACCUGGUGGAACUGUGUGGCUUAUGUUAUCGAGCUUUCACUAAGGAACGGGAUAAAUUCUACUUAUCUCGUAGUGUUGUUCUAGAACUUCUACAGGCCCUGAAGCUCAAAUCUCCUUUGCCAGAUACAAACCUCCUUCUGCUUGUCCAGUUUAUUUGUGCAGAUGCUGGAACCAAACUAGCUGAAUCAACAAUCCUGAGCAAGCAGAUGAUAGCCUCUGUCCCUGGAUGUGGGACCGCAGCCAUGGAGUGCGUGCGGCAGUCCAUUGGUGAAGUGCUGGACUUCAUGGCGGACAUGCACACGCUGACCAGACUGAAGAGCCACAUGAAGACGUGCUCCCAGCCUCUGCAUGAAGAUACAUUUGGCGGACACCUCAAAGUGGGUCUGGCUCAGAUUGCUGCUAUGGAAAUCUCCCGGGGCAACCACAGAGAUAACAAAGCCGUGAUCCGUUAUCUGCCUUGGCUCUACCACCCUCCUUCUGCCAUGCAGCAAGGACCUAAAGAAUUCAUUGAGUGUGUCUCCCACAUCCGUCUGCUGUCAUGGCUGCUUCUGGGUUCCCUCACUCAUAACGCAGUGUGUCCGAACGCCUCCUCUCCCUGCCUUCCCAUACCUCUGGAUGCAGGUUCCCAUAUUGCAGACCAUCUUAUUGUUAUCCUGAUUGGAUUUCCAGAGCAAUCAAAGACAUCCGUGCUCCACAUGUGCUCCCUCUUCCACGCAUUCAUCUUUGCUCAGCUCUGGACGGUAUACUGCGAACAAAGUGCCGUAGCUACGAACGUGCAAAAUCAGAAUGAAUUCAGCUUCACGGCAAUAUUGACAGCACUGGAGUUUUGGAGUAGGGUGACACCCAGCAUCCUCCAGCUAAUGGCCCAUAACAAAGUGAUGGUAGAAAUGGUGUGUCUCCAUGUGAUUAGUUUAAUGGAGGCAUUGCAAGAAUGCAAUUCAACCAUUUUUGUCAAGCUGAUACCUAUGUGGUUGCCAAUGAUUCAGUCGAACAUCAAGCACUUGUCUGCGGGCCUCCAGCUUCGCCUCCAGGCCAUUCAGAACCAUGUGAACCACCACAGCCUAAGGACGCUGCCGGGCUCAGGUCAGAGCAGUGCUGGCCUGGUGGCCCUCCGCAAGUGGCUGCAGUGCACCCAGUUCAAAAUGGCCCAGGUGGAGAUCCAGUCCUCUGAAGCAGCCUCUCAAUUUUAUCCUCUAUGAGUGGACUCCUCGGCUCUCAGUGACAACACUCUGGUUUAGCAAUAAUGGGUUUCAAAACAAAACGAUUCGAUCCAAGCAGGUUGGGGACAUAUUGGUACUGUACAUCCUCUUCCUAGUUUAGUAAAAGACGUGCAAAGGCCGGAGAGGGCCACAAUGACGCUUUCUUGCUACACAUAUUUCUGAUGACUCCUUGGGCUAUCUGAUUAAGUGUUUCCUUACAUUAUUUUUUAAAAACCAAAUCAUUUUUCUUUAACUAACUUCUAUUUUUUUUAAGAAAAAAAAAAUAGACUGGUGGGUACUCACAGAAAAGUUGUAUAAGUCCCCCUGUUGCUAUUUUUGAUGAUAGAGAAUAAAUAGGGUUUUUGAAACCUUUGUAGUGUUUUUUCUUAAAAUCUACUCUUGGCAAUGCAAUAAAAAAAAAGAACAAACAAACAAACAAAAACCUGUCACCAUAAGCCAGUGACACCUGACUGAAGCUUUUUUGUCAUUAUCCUGGGAAAAGUGGCAGCUUGCAAGGAACGUUACAAAGUGCACUUAGAAAUUAGGUGGUCAAACUAUGCCAGUUGUUUUCUUUGUUUUAUAAUACCAUUUUCCAAACCUGUCCAGUAAGUUUUAUUAUUUUUAAAACUAGUUUUUCAACUCAUUAGUUUUAGGCUGUACUUUCUUGUAAGCUUUAUGAUAACCACUUUAGUUUUGUGAAUAAUAAAUUUUACUCUUUGGUUAAUACUUGUAUACUAUUUGACUUAAAGCUGUAGAUCUCAUACUGGACCAGACGAGUCCUGCAUUGAUUGGCACAGAGCACAGCACUGGAGUGACACCUCUACACGGAGUUUUAGUAGUGUGAGAGCACCAAGAUCCCCACCACGCACACCUCGCAUCUGGCUGUGCAUUCCAAAUGAAAUUUCUCCUCUUUAUCCCUGUAAUGCACUGACUUAAAAGAAGACUUACUACACAUUUAAACUGUAUAUUGACAUGCUAUUAAAUGCAUUUUUUAUUA